AUCCGGGGCAGCGGAGAUGGAAGAGGAGGUCCUUCCGGCCAUUCAUCGCGCGCGGUAGUCGCACUUCUUCGCGAGUAUCGGAGCGGCCUAGUCGUGGGCUGUUGCUCCGCGCUCAAUUUUUUUAAAAAACAUUAUCGUGUAGCCCUCGCUCGUCUUUGGUUUUCUGUCCCCGGCGAGUGUUCGGCCUGCUUUCGUUUCAGUCCAUCCGCCGCCAUGAAGCUUGUGAGGUUUCUCAUGAAACUUAGCCAUGAGACUGUGACAAUUGAACUGAAGAAUGGAACCCAAGUACAUGGAACAAUCACAGGUGUGGAUGUCAGUAUGAAUACCCAUCUUAAAGCUGUGAAGAUGACUUUGAAGAACAGAGAACCUGUCCAGCUGGAGACUUUGAGUAUUCGAGGGAAUAAUAUUAGAUACUUCAUUUUGCCAGACAGUUUGCCCCUAGAUACUUUGCUGGUGGAUGUUGAACCAAAAGUUAAAUCGAAGAAAAGGGAAGCAGUUGCAGGAAGAGGACGUGGUAGAGGUCGUGGCAGAGGAAGAGGUCGUGGUCGAGGAAGAGGAGGUCCUAGGCGAUAAUUUCUUUACAGCCACUGAAAAAUGCCCAGCAACUUUGGUUUGUUUGUUUGUUUUUGUACAGGUUGUAUUCAGUGUCAGUUUUUAAUAAACAAGUAUGAAAACUUCUCCAGUUUAUGUACCUGUGCAUGUGAC